CGAAUGGAUUUAAAUACAUUGAGCUGACGUAGGGAUGAACGGAACGACCAACGAACGAAGUAGUUUAAACGUUGUGUUUCGUUGAAUACCUUGCUUUUUAGCAUACUAAAUAUCCUCAAAUAUGCCUCGCGUGUAUGUUGGGCGUCUGAGUUAUCAUGUUCGUGAAAAAGACAUCCAGAGAUUUUUUAGUGGAUAUGGAAAGCUUAUCGAAAUCGAUUUGAAAAAUGGAUACGGAUUUGUGGAGUUCGAAGACAACCGGGACGCUGACGACGCAGUGUAUGAGCUAAAUGGGAAAGAGUUGUGUGGGGAACGCGUCAUCAUCGAACAUGCCAGAGGACCGCGACGUGACCGGGAUGGAUACGGUGGGGGUCACGGGGGAAGUGGGCGCAGCGGUAGUGGUGGUUACAGCAGCAGGAGCCGUACUGGCAGGGACAAGUAUGGGCCGCCAGUCCGCACAGAGUAUCGGCUAAUCGUGGAAAACCUAUCGAGUCGCUGCAGCUGGCAGGACCUCAAGGACUUCAUGCGACAGGCCGGCGAGGUCACGUACGCCGACGCGCACAAGGAGCGCACCAAUGAGGGCGUGAUCGAGUUUCGCUCCCACUCGGACAUGAAGCGGGCCCUGGACAAGCUGGAUGGGACUGACAUCAACGGCAGGAAGAUCCGCCUGGUGGCGGACCGGCCCCGCCGCCGCCGUUCCUACUCCGGCAGCCGCUCCAGGUCUCGCAGCUGCCGUCGUUCUCGCAGCAGGAGCUCCCAGAGCCGCUCCAGAUCUCGCUCCAGUUCUCGUUCCCACAGCCACAAGGGACGGCGUUCCCGCUCCAGGUCUGACAGGAAGGCUCGUUCCAAGUCGGCCUCCAAUAAAUCCCGCUCUGGCAUGCGCAAGUCCCGCUCCCGCUCAGGCAACAGGAAGUCCCGCUCCCAGUCCCGCUCCCAGUCCCGCUCCCAGUCCCGCUCCAAGUCCCGCUCCAAGUCCCGCUCCAAGGUGACGUCUGAGCGGGAUACCCGCAGCCAGUCCAAGGAGUCCAAGUCUGUCAGUAAGAAGCCCCGGAGCCGCUCCGCCUCGCCCGUGGAGAAUGGGACUGAGGAGCCCACUGCCAAGUCUGGCUCCCCCUCCCCGCCCACAGACAAGCGUCGCUCGAAAUCGGCAGAGAAGCGCUCGGCCUCUCGCUCCAAGUCCCGCUCUCCGUCUCGCUCCAAGUCCCGCUCUCCGUCUCGCUCCAGGUCUAGAUCCACCUCCCAGGAUUAGGGUCCCAUCAGCCGUCUUCCUGUUUGCUUCAUGCGUGUCCUGUAGAACCCACAAGACAUCCCUGGAGUGGGGAGGAUGUUGGUGUGACUGACCUAGAGCAGCCCUGGGGGGCGGGUCCUGUGUAGAGUUGACACGAUUGGCUCCCACACUGCCGCAGUCACGUAAACUUCAUCUACACCGUGUAGUUUUGUGGCAGUUGGUAACGCUGCUCAUCUUGACUCCCUCCCAGUUUUUCUUUAUUGUAUAUUCAUUGUCCAUGGAGCUUUUCAAAACAGGCUUUGUAAUGAGGUCAAGCCUGUUCUUUGAUUUGAGUUUGAUGUUUACUUUGGCUUUAAAUGUUAUCUUUUGGUCAUAACCUGAUCAAAUACUUUUGUGGAGCUUGAUUUUCUUAAUUUAAUUUGACAUGGAAAAAUGUAAUGGAGAAGACCUUGAUUAAGUCCUUAUCUGUCUACUGCUUGUUAAAGGAACAGGAUGUAGUUAGGUAUGCCUGAUUGUAAAUGGAGUCUUGACAGGUUUGUCCUGAGGAGCACCACCAGAAUUUGGCUCGUGUCAAGGGUCUUCUACCAAAUAACUUAAGUUGGGCCCAGUCAACCAGGCUGACAUGUUCUCACCUCUGUUCGAUGGCCCGUCGCACCCUGAAACACAGCUGAGACUCGGUUCAAAUUUAUGUAACCAUGUCAAUCUUUUUUUGUUUUGUUUUUUAUUACAUUUAAUAAAAUUGUAUUAAAAUGCA